UUUGCAGGAACGUAUUUCCGGACAAUUUAUUUCAGGCGUCCUUUCAACAAGCGCACACUGUUUAUCUUCCUAAGCCAAAUAUUUUACAUACUUUUAAUAAGACACUCAACGAUACAACGAUGGGCACGGAGUUAGAGCCCGUAGAGGAGGUACUAUCAGAGCAGCAAGCGAAAAACGUCCUCCAACCUACUCUGAUACGAGUCGUACAGUAUCGCAGCGGUACCAACACCCUCGGCAUUGUGUUCUUUUGUCUAGUUUUCGGCACCAUUCUGGGUACCAUCGGCGAAAAAGGUCAAAUUGUUGUGGGUUUUUUUACUGCCGUUUUUGAAGUCAUUAUGAAGAUGGUCACUUGCGUCAUGUGGCUAACACCAAUCGGUAUAAGUUCAGUGAUAGCGGGUAAAAUUUUGGGCGUAAACGAUUUGCACUUGGUAAUGGAGCAGCUAAAGUGGUUCAUAGUCACGAAUCUGAUUGGCGUGGGCCUUUAUCAGUUCAUUAUAAUGCAGGCGAUUUAUUUUGUGUUCGUGCGACGCAACCCAUUCAAAUUCUAUGUCGGACUCAUACAGCCUAUGCUGACCGCUUUUGCGACAGCCUCAACUGCUGCAGCUCUACCGAUCACAUUCCGUUGCAUUAACGAUAAGUUGCGUGUGGAUCAGCGCAUUAGCCGUUUCGUUCUACCCAUUGGUUGCAACAUCAACAUGGACGGCACGGCACUCUUCAUAGCAAUUGCCUCCAUCUUCAUUGCUCAGAUGAGCGGCAUUGUUCUGGGCUUCGGAGAAUUGGUGACAGUUUUAUUGACUUCAACUGCUGCAUCUAUGAGUUCGGCCAGUGUUCCCAGUGCAGCUCUGGUUCUUUUGCUGGUAGUGCUGACUGCCAUCGAUGCACCCGUACAGGAUGUAACUCUCCUCUUCGCUGUGGAUUGGUGUGUAUGAUUAUCAGGAAGAAGA